AUGGAUCCCCAUUGCUCAAGCUGCUUUCUUUCUACCUGUACUUAUGCUGAUUGUCCUGUAAUAUACUGUCCCAAAUGUUAUGUAAAACUACAUGAAUGUAAACUAGAUGAACAUAUUGAGCAUACAUGUCGAGAAGUGAGUUUUUGACAUUUUUGAAUGUUUGUAAUAAGGAACAAGUAAAAGUUUAAAAAAAAGUUUUUAGACUUUAAGACGAGUGUUGUUUUUAGUAAAAAAUGACAGAAAUGUUGUUUUUAAGAAGUAAGAAUGUUGUUUUAGGCAGCCACGCCUUGUCUUCUUGCUCAGUACGGUUGCACAGCUAUCUUGCAUCGGAAAGCUUUGAGCAAACACUUGAUAAAUUGUCCUGCAAGUGUAGUAAGAUGUAGUUUCACAUGGAGCAGACAGUUUCUGUCAUUAGAUGCCAAGAAGUUGUUCAAGAAGAUGCACAGAACUUCAGAAUCCCUUGAGAACCUGGAAGAACCUCCAUCUGACAAUAUAGAGUUGAAGUUGGCACUGCUUGAUCAAAAAGUUUUAUUUAAUUCACUCAACUGUGUGAGAGAAGUUAGAGUAAAACAACGUGAAUUCAUGAAUCCACAACAUCCGAUGUUACCGUUACGGUAUUUUGUGGGAAAGGAUGAUAAUGUUGGUAGGGAACACGACAGUAGUGACGAGGAAGAAGACGCUAGGGUAAGUUAAGAUUCAAAGAAGGUUAAAGCUAUAUAUUUGCAAUUCUACUUACAGUUAUACUAAUUUACAGCUGCGGAAGUUAAAUGCGAAGAGGAAGAUCUUUGCUGGUUGUUUACAAUGUAAACUAGAUCCCAGUGCUCAGCACCUGCAUACUUUGGGGGCAGCCAAUACGGAGUACGAUUUGUCAGUAAAGGAAGGGAAGAACAGGUUCUUCACUAACAGCAUCCUACCUCCAUUCAAUGCCUCUUAUGGGUUGUUUGUAAGAUAAUUACCCUUUUGUCAUCAUAGUUUUAUAACUACUUUCACAGGUUUACAAUGAAUAUACCAAAGUGAAAGCAAUUAAAAGUACACUUUAUUACAUAAAAUUAAUACUACAAUUGUAGUUGAGCUUGGAAACAGACAAAGCGCCAAUCCGAACACUGAGCAACGAGAUGAGGAAGCUGGUCUACUUCUUCAGUUGCGAUCAAGAUGUGAGGAGAGACGAGAUCAACCACCACAUCUUCUACCACCAGAAGUUCCGUGGCUGUGACAACCGCUACAUCUGGUGUCCCUUUAACUGUGGGUAUGGCGUGAGUUUGACACAAACGGAGGAAUUACGGUAAGACCCGCUGUGAUAUAACUCUAAAGGAUUAAGGCUGGCUGACAGACUGGAUACCGUGUUAUUUACCCCCAAUAAUUCUGGCAAUGAGACCCAAAGAGAUUACCAGCUAAAUCUCGUCUUGAACGUCAUAACCUUAGUGGAGCCAUAUUUAGAUUCACAUCAACUCAACAGUCUUUCCUUUACGUGCUCUACAGUACGAAACCAUCUUUUUAGUAGUUUCAGUAACAGAUGGAUGGUGCAGCCAAAGUGGAAGAAGAUCGUGACAGAAGAGGGAGCAUCUUGGCAGAUAGACGGCCUUGUAUGUGAUUUUAAAUCGUUAGUUCAAUAAGUCGAAUUGAUUAAAAAAACAAUAUUUUUAAAAAAUUUUUUAAUUUUUCGAAACAAACUAAACGUCAAAAAGGGAUCUUUUUGUUUUUGAAAUCAAUCUUGGGUCAAACUUUUCUAAGCAGAUUUAAAAGUUACUAGGCUCCAAUAAUUAAAAUUUAUCAUUUUUUGGGGCAUUAAACAAUAAGACCUCAAAGAUUUGUUCUUGGUAUGACCAAUACACGGCAAAAUGAUACUAUAAAUGUUAUUAUAAACAACAUUUCAACAAGAUACCGAGCAGCGCACCUUAUUUUCUUGUAAAAGUGACUUAUUUACCAGAAUAUUUUGUAAUUUUGAAAAUAUUUUACAGAAAUCUUCAUUUUCCAAAGUACAAUCCAAUGUAGACGAGCUUUACCAUUCAACUACAGAGCUACUGAAUCGAAGGUUGGAAGCUCAUGUAGCUGGGUGUUCUUUCCGAACUGAUCUUUGUGUGCCGAGCACAUUCAAGAAUCCAGAUUUUAUGGCAGAGUUGGCGAGUAUUAGGCGAUAG